AACAUGUCUGGAAAAAAUUUACAUAUUCUUACCUCUUGCUGUCAACUUUUUAGUAUUUAUAAUCUUUGCAGCAAAUUCAAAUCCAGUUGAUUUUUGGACACAUCUUUUUACAAUUGAGAAGGCACCUCUGAAAAAUCGAACAAUUUUGUGUGCAUGUGCAACAAUACAAUGGUCAGUGAACAUACUUUCCUAGCUCUUCUUUGAUGUCGUAAUUGUCCGAAAAACGCGUACAGGCUGCUGGAGCAGCCAUCGCGAUGGCACACUUAAGAAAAUCUAUUUCGGCAAUAAAUUGUCAGCAAAGCGUUGUAUAAAAUUGCUCGAUCUCUGUGAUUUUGCAGCGCGCCUAUAUUUCCCCUUCCAACGUUGUUAAUUUUUCCUUUUAAGUAAUCAAACAAUAUAAAUACAUUCAUAAAAUUAGAGUUAGAGUAUCAUUAUACAUUAUGAUUAUCAUACGAAUAUAUGUACAUAUGUGAGAUACACAAACACAUUUAUUAUAAUAAGACAGGUUAAAGUACCGGCAGAGAUCUCGUUAUUGUUUUGUGUCUCCGCUCUAUUUCGAACAUACACCGGUUUACUGAUUGUUUAUUUAAUGGUUUGGUACUCUAAUUAUAAAAAGUACUCCUCUGAUAUAAAUUGCUUACUUAAUUCAAUAUUAGAUUUUUAAUGUUGUGUUGCGACUUGUUAUUGUUAUCGGUACUAAACUCCCAUCACUAUUAAUUGUCGAAGUAGAAAGCGGCAUUGUUUUUCAAACUAAAAAUAAAAUUGAUGUUGUUUACGUAAAUUUAUUAAAGUUUUCAUCAUAUAUGAUGAAUUUCGUUAACUGUGUUAACUAUGUCACUGUUAUUUAUAUACAAAUACAUUUUUAUGUUCAUGUCAGGAGGAAUUAAGUUACAAAGACCAAGCUACACGAUGCCUGUUAUGCGCGGAUCCCAGGCAAAAUAUCGUUAUCUGAUUGCAGGGAGCAUAGAGCACGGAAAUUCUUACCGCGUCUGUCAACCUGCGUACAUGCAGAAUAUCUAUCUGGUGGUGGAAAUGGCCGUCAAAGCCCAAUUCAACAUACUAACACAUUCUUAUUGCGAGAGGCAAGUGUGUUCAAAGGUUCUGGUACCGAGCAAGUCUACUAAUAAAACUGAAACCACGGAGCGUUUGAUGGAUUCUCGCAGACUUGUUCUUGGCGGUUCUGACUUAAUAUUUACCUACAAGGAUGCUAGAGGCUGUACGCGCUCAUCGGGACGGACGGAAAGACAGACAUGGCUAUAUAGACUCGGAUAUUGGUGCUGAUCAAGAAUAUAUAUACUUUAUAUGGGGUCGGCGUUUCCUUCUCUGCGUUACACACAAUUACAAUAUAUUUCAUAACUCUU